CGAAGAUGGCGGCUGAGCUGCAUCCGCGCAGCGGAAAACUGAUCGCUUUGUCGAACUCCAACCGAACCGCUCAACGAAAUCAGCCUGUACAGGAAUUUAAUCACGGCCUGGUCCUUAGUCGGGAGCCGCUGAGAGACCGCGAUGUCUUCACUGUCCGCAUCGACAAGAAGGUGAACUCGUGGAGUGGAUCUAUUGAGAUUGGUGUGACUGCGCUUGACCCAGCCGGUCUGGAAUUUCCUAGCAGUGCCACAGGGCUGAAGGGGGGCUCGUGGAUCGUGUCUGGUUGCUCUGUGUUAAAGGACGGCCGCUCAGUCCUGGAGGAGUACGGUCACGACCUGGACCAGUUGGGGGAAGGGGACCAUGUGGGCAUCCAGCGGAAUGGGAAAGGGGAGCUGCAUCUGUGGGUGAACGGGCAGGACUGCGGCACGGCGGCCAAUGGACUUCCGUCCCGUUUGUGGGCGGUGGUGGACCUCUAUGGGAAGUGUACCCAAGUGACUGUGGUGAGCUGUGAACCCCCUCCUGAAAUGGAAGGGGAUGAAGAAGAGGAGGUGGAGGAUGAGAUAGAGUCGACGCCAGCAGAGUCCAUAUUGGCAGAUCAUAACCAGGAAGAUAGGACUGGAGCUAUAGUGUUGUCUUCAGCUGGUGAAACAGCAGCACUGAUGAAUGGAUCGGUGGAAGUGCCUGAGGUAUCAACGACGCACAAUCGGCCUGACAAGUUUCCAAACAACUUUGAGCCUGAUAGUGUUUUGACAGAGCAUCAGUUAUUUGAUGUGUUCAACAGUGCCAUUGUCUCUCUGUAUCGUUCAGAGGACGAGGGUGGAGAGGACUUGGGGGUGGGAGGGGGGAGCUCGGACUCCUUGAGGGGUGGUACAGGAAGUAGUGGUGGAGGCAGAGCAACAGGAAGUGACAGCGGCAUUGGAGGCGUAGGUGCAGGUGGAGGCAGUAGCAGCAACAGCAGCCCAGCAAGGAGCUCUGGUGGGCCGACGGGACUGGGGGUGGCACCAGGUGACAUGACGACCAAUGACGCGCUGCUGUUCCACGAGAAAUGUGGCACACUGAUCAAACUAAGCAACAACAAUAAGACGGCAGAGAGGAGAAGACCGCUGGAUGAGUUUAAUAACGGAGUCGUCAUGACAAACCGUCCACUCAGACAUAACGAAAUGUUUGAGAUUCGCAUUGACAAAUUGGUGGAUAAAUGGUCUGGUUCAAUUGAGAUUGGAGUCACAACCCACAACCCAAAUAAUCUUGACUACCCUGCAACAAUGACCAAUUUACGCUCAGGCACAAUCAUGAUGAGUGGCUGUGGGAUUUUAACCAAUGGGAAGGGGACCCGUCGAGAAUACUGUGAAUUCAGCCUGGAUGAACUCCAGGAAGGAGAUCAUAUAGGGCUGAUGAGGAAAGCCAGUGGAGCUCUACACUUCUACAUUAAUGGCAUUGAUCAAGGUGUUGCAGCCAGCCAGACUCCUGGUGUAGUGUAUGGAGUGGUAGAUCUCUAUGGCAUGGCUGUUAAGGUCACCAUCGUUCACAAUCAUAACCACAGUGACCGGUUACGACGCAAUAAUGCCAUCAUGAGGGCACUUUCGCCUGACGUGGGACGUCCUCGGCCUGCUCUCUCAAUGACACCCGAGCCCGAUACUCCAGACCGCUUGCUCUUUCAUUCAAACUGUGGGCAGAAAGCUGCAAUCAUUAGCGAUGGCAGGACUGCGUUACGGCCUCAUGCGACGGAUGACUUUAACCAUGGCGUUGUGCUUAGCAACCGUCCGUUGCACUCCAAUGAAGUUUUCCAGGUGCGCAUUGACAAAAUGGUGGACAAAUGGGCGGGCUCUAUAGAGAUUGGUGUGACAACUCAUAACCCCGCCUACCUUCAGCUACCAUCAACCAUGACCAAUCUGCGCUCAGGAACCUGGAUGAUGACAGGAAAUGGCGUUAUGCACAAUGGAACUACAAUUCUUGAUGAAUAUGGGCACAACCUGGACCGCCUCAAAGCUGGAGAUACAGUGGGAGUUGUCAGAAAGGAGGAUGGGAGUUUGCACUUCUUUGUGAAUGGAGUGCCUCAGGGUCCUGCGGCCUGGAAUGUUCCGGCCAGUGUGUAUGCAGUGGUGGAUCUGUAUGGACAGGCAGCCCAGGCCACCAUAAUGGAUGACAUGGCUGACCUCCCUCCCUUACCUGAUGACAGUUCUGAGGGUCCUACUGCCAUGUCUCCUGGUAGCCCGUGUUCAGUGUCUGGGGUUAUAACUGCCAACGACCUGCGCUUUCAUCACCUGCAUGGCACAAAUGCAGUCAUUACGAAUGGUGGCCGAACAGCGCUCAGGCAAAACUGCCGCAGCGAGUUUAAUGAUGCCAUCGUUAUAUCAAACAGGUGCCUUCGAGAUGGAGAGCUCUUUGAAAUUGUUAUUCAGAAAAUGGUUGAUCGCUGGUCAGGCUCAAUAGAAGCAGGAGUGACAGCAAUCAGACCAGAAGAACUGGAGUUCCCCAAUACGAUGACUGACAUUGACUAUGACACAUGGAUGCUGAGUGGCACAGCAAUCAUGCAGGAUGGAAAUACCAUGAGGAAUAACUACGGCUGUGACCUGGACUCUCUUACCACAGGCUCCAGGAUCGGGAUGAUGCGGACUGCAUCUGGAGAUCUGCAUUACUUCAUUAAUGGGGUUGACCAGGGUGUAGCUUGUACUGGGCUGCAACCAGAAGUGUUUGCUGUGGUUGAUCUUUACGGUCAGUGUGUGCAAGUUGCAAUUACAAGUUCCUCUGGCCCACUGGACAACAGUCUGUGUACCAGUAACAUCACAGAGAAGAGCUUCCCCAUACACUCCCCAGUGACUGGGGUAGCUCAUCGCCUGCACAGCAAACAUGGUAAAAACGUGGUGUUAUUAGGAGAUGGUUGCCAAGCAUUGAGGGUAGGGGGAUAUGCCCAUGGAAUUGUCUUUAGCGCAAAGGAGCUCAAGACAGAUGAGGUGUUUGAGGUGAAGAUUAACAAGGUGGAUGAGAGGUGGUCCGGGUCGCUCCAUGUGGGUUUGACCACCCUGCAGCCCCCUGACCUUCCAUCCUGCCCUCUUAGUGGCCUCUCACCUUCCCUUACUCAGCUUAGAUCAAAGGUCACCUGGGUCCUCGCUGGCUCUGAGGUCCGACGCAACGGGGUGCUGCAGAGACAGAACUACGGCUGCUCUCUGGACCGCCUCACGGUGGGAAAUCGUGUCGGGGUGAAGAGAUGCAGUGACGAUACCAUGCACAUCCUCAUUGAUGGAGAAGACAUGGGACCUGCAGCCACUGCCGUGGCAAAGAAUGUGUAUGCAGUUUUUGACCUGUAUGGAAAGGUGACAACUGUGUCCAUCGUCAGUUCCACGCUAGUGGAGGAUGCGGAAAGUGUGAAAGCACCCUCGCUCUCCUCUGACAGCUGCAGUGAGGUAGAGGAAGACAGUACUCCUGUCAGAGAGUGUGAGAAUGAGCCCCCUCUGGUGCCCACGGUCAUGACGUUUUUGGAAAAUCAUGGAAAAAAUAUCCAGCUGUCCAAUCAGAACCUUACUGCUGCCAGAGUGUCCAGCUACAACCAGGGAUUAUUGGUCACAGCGCAAGCUUUGCCCCGCCAACAACUUUUUCAGUUUCAGAUAGACCGUUUAAAUCUAUCGUGGACGUCCUCUCUGUCACUGGGUGUGAUUGGUCAUUCACCAGACCGCCUCAACUUCCCUUCCACAGCUUGCUGCCUUAAACGCUCAGUCUGGCUACUGCAGCGAGAUUCUGUUUUCCACAACUCACUAAAGAUUUGUGAGAACUAUGGUCCUAACCUAGACACCUGUCCUGAAGGGACAGUUUUGGGACUGUUGGUGGACAGCAGUGGCUGUCUUCACCUGUAUGUUAACGGCAUGGAUCAGGGCGUGGCAGCCCAGGACAUCCCCAGUCCCUGUCACGCACUUAUUGACCUUUAUGGCCAGUGUGAACAAGUGACUAUAGUGGCGAACUAUGUGCCAGUGUUUGGUGGUGAGAGAGAAGAUAUGCGUUGUCAAGGAGACAUGGAGAAGGCUGAUAUGGUGGAUGGUAUUAAGGAGAGUGUGUGCUGGACUCCUCCUCCCGAGGUUAAUCCAAAUAAGACGUGCGAGUAUCAGGCGCUGUGCUCCAGAUUUAAGGACCUGCUCACACUGCCAGAUGGUUACUUCAAUGAGGAUGCAAAUUAUAAUCUGUGUUACUGUGAGUCUUGUCACAAAUUACGGGGUGAUGAGGCCUAUUACAAGCGAGGGGAGCCUCCCAGAGACUAUGCCCUGCCCUUCGGCUGGUGUCGGUUUGCACUCCGGAUCAAGACCCACUGUGAAGUCUCCAAUGCCUUCAAGAAGUGGCACAUUGCGUACCAUGGCACUAGUGUCGGCUCCCUUAGACGUACCCUGGACCACAACCAACUCUUGUCAGCAGAAUCGUCAUCCAUUUUCUCUUCGUCCCCACUGAAGACAGAGGGUCACGGAAGCUACGGGGAGCCAGAGGAGAACAGCGCCCCAGAGCGAGAGAUCCCCUGUGUGCAGCUUUCACCAACUAUGCGCUACUCUGGCCUUGAGGUCUUUGCCCCUAAAGUGCAAUUCCGAGACCCACGUUCACUCCGCUGUCACCAGGCCCAAGUGGGCUUCCAGGUGUGCGUGCGGCCAGGCUCGUACAAAGUGGGGCCAACAUCGCUGGGAAUCAGCGAGCCCCUGGACCCUCGAUUCAGCAAUGCAGAGAUUGAAUGGAUCACCAAGGAGAAAGGAGGCACACUUCUCUAUGGCCUUCUUAUACGGGUGGAGUAGAAAAAGACAUUAAAACGAGGAUAUUGGCAUCAUCUUCCUCACUUCUCAAAUAUCAGCCAAAAUUUCAGCGCAGCCCCUCUAAGACUCUCGGGAUGCCUGAGGCGUUGAGGAUUUAGCGAUGUUUUCCUUCAAAGGCUCAAUCAUCUCUGCAUGUUGUUUAAGACAAACUUUUGUUUUGUUUUUGAAGGAUGGUGACGUUAAUCCCCAGAGACAAAGACACUGCCUGCACUUUAUGUUUCGGACACUGGUGGGUGAUUUUUAGUCUUUCUUUUUAAAUUCACUAAGCAGGCUCCCAAUUAAUUUUCAUCCCUUUGCGCUGUCUCUCUCUACAUCUUUAAAUAUGUGUAUCACCCCCUCUGUUUUUGCUUGGAGAGCCCUCGAUUCUGACAGAAAUACAACUAAACUGAAGGAACGCAAGACCACCUAUAUAUAGCACACCCCCAGAUUUGUAUUUGUUUUGGGAUAAUAAUUUUUUUUUAAGACUUGCAAUGGACAAAUCAAAUUGGAAAUAAGAGACCGGUUUCAAAGAUAACACGAAAUGAAAAUGUCAAGAAACUCGCAACCUGAAAACAAGGAAAAGUAUCAUAUCACUUAUAAGCAAGAGAUUAGAGCGUAGUCUUUGUUUAUUUCAUCGCUGUGUUUUACUCACAUUUGGUUUUCAUUAUAGCUGUGUAUUUAUUCAGUAAUUAGAGUAAUUAUAGUGUCUUAGGCAACAGGCUAAAUGCUGAUUAAAGCGGCUACAAAAUGGCAGAAUGCUAUCGUAUUGCAAGAAAAGUAAACUGAACAAUUUCUAAAAUGUGUCUUUUCUUUUGAUUUAGCCUUUGUAAAGGUAGACACCAUACGAAAAUGAAAGUGAGGUUGUGAGGGAAAGAUAUACUGUGUAAGGGUUUUAUCUUUGCGUCGAACAUUCAGCUGAGAAAACAUUGAAAAUACAAGCUAAAAAAUAUUGAGGACAAAUUAAAAUAUUUUUUAAUUUCUAUGAAAUUUGUUGAGAAAAUUAGACCUUAAUUGAAGAUACUGUACUUGUUACCCUCGUAACCUUGAUUUCAUUCAAGUCAAAUUAAAUAUGCCAUUUACCCUGACUAAGGUCUAUGUUAUUGGAGUUUUGGGAUGUUUCUACCACAUCUGACCCAAUAUUACCCCUGAGGAUCAUUUCAUGUGAAUUUAACUGCAACAUAAGCACAUUCUGUUUAAAGGGAUAGUUCAACCCAAAAUGUGUAUCGUCUCAGAAUUUUCUCACCCAUAUGCCAUCCCAAAUGCGUAUGAGUUUCUUCCGCAGAACACAAAUUAAGACUUUUAGAAGAAUAUUUCAGCUGUGUAGGUCCUCACAAUGCAAGUUAAUUAUGACCAAAACUUUGAUUCUCCAAAAAGCACAAAGGCAGCUUAAAAGUGUUCAUAAGACUCCAUUGGUUAAAUCCAUGUCUUCCAAAGUUAUAUGAUUGGUGUG